AUGUCUCCACGAGUGGGGAGGGGGGCCGCCGCUGGCAGAGCGCCCGCCCCUGGGAGAUUCAAAAACAAGGCUCUUCAGCUCAGCCUCUCCAAGAAAUUCUGCUCAAAGUCUUCCUCGGACCGGGGGAAGGACUCUGUUGAGGAGGAGGGACGUCGGCACAGUAAAAGGAGCCUCAGCAACAGCUCAGCGGUGGCCGCUGCCUACAUCUCCUACCUCAAUAAACUCUUUGGACAGGAGAGAGAGCUGAUGCCAGAGGAGUUAGAUGAGCUCCAGGAGGCCUUUAAGGAGUUUGACUACGAUGCGGAUGGCUUCAUCCAUUACAAAGACAUCGCAGACUGCAUGAGGACCAUGGGCUACAUGCCUACAGAGAUGGAGCUCAUUGAGAUCAUCCAGCAAAUCAAGAUGAAAUGGGGUGGUCAUGUAGACUUUGAUGAUUUCUGUGAGUUAAUGGGGCCGAGGAUGCUGGCUGAGACAGCUCAUAUGGUCGGGCUGAAGGAGCUCCGCUGCGCCUUCAAACAGUUCGACUGUGACGGUGAUGGAAAGAUCACGCUUGAUGAGCUGAAGGAGGGCAUGAAGACCCUCCUGGGGGAGAAGCUGAAGAAAGGCGAGUUGGAGGAGAUCCUCAGCGACAUUGACCUCAACAAGGACGGCAACAUCGACUUUGAUGAGUUUGUUAUGAUGCUUUCUGCACGAUGACCUCUGAUGGAAGAAGAUGGAUCAUACAGCGCCGGAUUCAUACGGACCAACUCAUAAGCACUGCCUGCUGUUAUUGUUCUUUCUCUGUGACAUUAUCGAAAUGUCUGAUUGUAAAACAAAACAUGAUUGAGUCAGAGAGAUCUGUUCCUGUUUUUAUAAUAAAA